AUGGCACAAAUCACGAAGAUUACUCCAGAUAUCUCUCGAGUCAAGAGCCUCCUGGCUCAGAUUCCACCACUCGCCAUCCCUAAACAUGGGCCAGUCGAUCUCCAGCAGUUCACCCUCUUCGGCAACCUACCCAAUGAAAUCCGAGAGCAGAUCUGGACACUCGCAGCUUUUGAACCCCGCUUCAUCAAACUCAUCGAACUCGACCGCAGCUCUCCAUCCUUCAACCAAACCUGGGACUCACGCGUACCAGGACAACCCAAGCACCCGGGCAUCAUCGGCGCCUGCCGCGAAUCCAACGCCAUAGCAUCCAAAUAG